ACGGCUUGGCUAUAACUAGGAUAGACUUUAAAAUGGCUAAUCAGUGCAUCUUUACGAUGCACUUGUUUGGAAGGUCUGUUCAUUGGUUAAAUCAUACCAUACGAAACGCCGUCCCUGGAUGCUACAGCUCUUUUCAAACUGUACCGUCGCGAUGCUUCGGUGGUAAUUCAAGCUAUAAUAGAGCAGAACAAAGUCAGGAAAGAACAUCACAAGGACUGCCCAAGAAGUUUCCAGUCGCAGGUGUCAGGCAUGUCGUCCUGGUGGCAUCUGGCAAAGGUGGUGUUGGGAAAUCCACCACUGCUGUCAACUUGGCUUUGGCACUUUCCUUGCAUGAAACGAAGCCAACCGUGGGGCUUCUUGAUGCAGAUGUGUAUGGACCCUCCAUUCCACGCAUGAUGAACCUGAGUGGUGAACCAGAAUUGACUCAACAAAACCUUAUGAAGCCACUCGUUAAUUAUGGGAUUAAAUGCAUGUCCAUGGGGUUUUUGGUCGACGACAAGGCGCCCAUUGUGUGGCGAGGCCUUAUGGUCAUGUCUGCCAUUGAGAAACUGCUUCGGCAGGUAGCUUGGGGGCCACUAGACUAUCUUGUUGUUGAUAUGCCACCAGGAACAGGAGACACGCAGCUUUCCAUCUCCCAGAACAUUCCAGUGUCAGGGGUGGUUGUAGUGACAACACCUCAAGAAAUUGCACUUAUUGAUGCACGCAAGGGGGCUGAGAUGUUUCGCAAGGUCAGUGUGCCUAUACUUGGGCUGGUGCAGAAUAUGAGUCGGCUUGCCUGCCCAAGCUGUGGCCAUGAGUCUCACAUAUUUGGCAAAGAUGGUGCCUCCGAACUUGCCAGGGAGAUGGCGCUUGAUAUUUUGGGUGAUGUUCCACUUGACAUAGAGAUAAGGGAGAGUUCUGACAAUGGUCAGCCAAUUGUGGUGUCUAAUGGAACUUCUCCCCAGGCUCAAGUCUACAAGGACAUGGCUCAAAAAAUAAUCCAGAAGUUGCCAGUUUGAGCACGCUGAUAACUAGUCAUAUUGAGCAUAUUAUUACUACUGGACCAAUAUGUACAAAUGUGUAAGGCUUGUAGAGGGCACUUAGAACAUGUAAUAUAUUUUCAUGUAUCAGGUGUACCUGCACUUGUAAUUCUGUUGCUGCAGCUGCUUGAUUUUUUUAACUUGUAUGACAUUUUGGUGUCAUCGUUAUAGGGAGUAUUUUGCAUGGCUGAAGCGUCUUCCGAAGUUGCCUCGUAGCAACACUCACUUUCAAAUGUUUUGGUGUCAAAGAAGACAGUAGCAGCAAAAGCAAGGACGAGCCAGAUAGAACAAAACAGCUUAGUACUUUGUGAGAAUAGGCAGGCAAGGAAUGACACUUUAGUCACCACACUUGGUUAUUUGUAAGUCUUUUCAUCCUGCUAGGGAAGUUCCCACAUCUCUAGGUUGGAUUGUCACCAGUAAUUGCAGACAAUUUACUAUGUGAGUUGUAUUGCUGUAGUCACAGGGCCCAUGGCUGGGAUUACCAGCAACGAUGAGCUGACAUGAUUGCACUCUUUUUUAUUUAAAGUUGGAAGUUCGAGCAUGAUUGGUAUAGCAUUGAGAAAGAAGCUUGAACAGGAGUGGUGUUUGUCAGAUGCACACCCAUUUUGAAGGAAAGUUGUAACAGGAGUUGCACAUGUGUCCUGGUAAGUAAUGACGUGUAUUAAUAUGCUGGGGCUUGCUUUGGGUUAUCAAAAUUUAAAUUGAAUGGAGUAUAGAAAAUAAUCAAUGUGGUAGAUAUAUAUAUGACUUUGCCAGAUGAACAGGUUGAAACAAGGUCUGCACUUUUUUUUUUUUUUUUGAACAUCACAGGGAGUAUUUUUAACAUGAAAGUGUUUUAUGCCAGUGUCCACGAAGAUUUCAGUGAUGUAUUUAUGUCACGGAAAUGACGUCGAAAAAGUACGCAUGAUCACAAGAUAGAGAAAGUAAAGUUCCGUUAACGAAAGUCGAA